AACGUCAUUCUCAUUCAUCCUGUUCCUCUCAAUAAGGAAGCUUCUACGUCACCAGAAAACGACGCCGUACCACCUGGUAUCGACAUCAUCAUCAUCAUCAUCAUCAUCAUCAUCACGCUCGCUGUAUAUCCAUACCCCAUCUAUCAGGAACCUUCACAAUUCAGCCAUGAACGAUAACACAUGAUCAUUCCAAACCCUAUAUCACAGUUUUCUUUUCCAGAAUAAAAUCUGGUUCAUUGCAAUUGCAAUCCCCAAAAACAAUUAGGGUUCAUAACAAAGAAUAAUCACCGAACCUGCACUUGAAAUUUGUUGCUGCAAUACAAAUUUUGUUCCAUUACGCUUCACACGUUCCUGAUUUGAGCGAUUUAUUGCUGCCAUAGCUUUGUUGUUGAUUGUAAUUUCAUAUUCAUGGCGACGAGUUUUGACCGGUGGGAAAAAGAUCCUUUCUUUAACGCCGCCGAAGAAGUUCAGGAAUCUGCAGACAGGAUGGAGUCUGCAUAUAGGACAUGUAUUCACGCGAAGAGAGAUCCGUCCUGCCCGUGGAACUCUGAUGAGCUCCGUCGAGAUCUGCAUACUGCCCUUGGCACUGCUAAAUGGCAGUUAGAUGAGUUUGAACGGGCGGUCAGGUCUAGUUAUGGAAAAAGCUCUGCGGAGGAUGCGAAAAUUAGGCACCGGGAUUUUAUUGUUGCUAUUGGUGACAAGAUUUCAAAAGUUGAGCAUUUUUUACAAGAAUCUUCUGUUGGUCCUUUAGGAGGUAGGAAGGCAUCUCUGCCUUGGGUGUCUCUGGAUCAAGGAGAACGAAACGAGCUUGCGUUGUUUCUUUCUGGAGCCCCAGCAGAUGGAGGCAAAAAUCAGCCGGCUAAAUGUAUCAGCAGAGACGGUGAAGAUUCCCAGUUAAGUGAUAGAGAUUCCUCGGAGGAGAAACCACCCGGUCAUCGCAGGGCAGCUAGUGCUGAUGCUGACAUUAGUUCUUGGAAAAUUGCUGUUUCGGAUGAUGUGCAACAAUCGACUUCCUCCAAUUGUUCUUCUGGUCCGAUGCAUAAGGUGGCUAGUCUCUCUGGAUUUCUUAAUUCCGUGGAAACCAUCUCUAAGUUGAAGUGGCCUAAGAAUGGUAAUAGAAAGCUGAAAGCGGUGAAUCAUUAUGAUGAAACUGAUAAACCACUACUACCUUCAACUCAACUUAAUGGGGGUGCCCAUGCAUGCUACUUGAAAACUAAGAGCAGCAUCGAUAGUUGUGAUGAAUGUUAUGAUAAGCAACUCCAAGGGUGGUAUGGGGCUAUUCACAGACAGCUUCAAAGAUCUCAAUACCAAAUGCAGUAUAAUCGGCCUUUUCAAAUAACCAUAUGGAUUGUUAUUCUCCUUUGCUUGAUUGUUUCAAUUGCUUUUUGUACAAUGUAGAAAGGAAGAUUUAUAGCAUGUUUGGAUCAGGAUGUUUCUCUCUAGAAUUAAUUUUAGCUAUAGAAUCAAUUCUAGAAGGAUUUCCAAACAUGCACUUAGAUACAUGAUCUAUCUAUCUCUGGUUGGUGGCUGAAGGGUAUGCAUGAUCUAUCGGUUUCUGGAUGGCGGCAAUAAUGGGGACGUACAAACAGUCAAAAGUCUUUUAAUACAAGUUCCUGUGGUAGAUGUUUUUGCAUAAGCAAGCGAGUGUUUCUUUUUUCUGUUUCUCGCUAGCAUACACGGUAUCUAUAACACAUAAAAGUGCUUUAUAGAAAUACUAUUUUGGGUGCUCUGUAACUGUAAUCACUUCCUUACUUUUUAUAUAUGUAUUUUUCGUUUUGUAACUCCUAUUUCAGAAUGAUCUGAUCAAGAGCUUUCUCAACUCUGUUCACAAGAUGUACAUGCCAAAGUGAGGCUUAAUAAAUAUUGUAAUGUAUAUCAUGCCUUCUCCAGAAAAAUUGGAGGGUUAAAGCCUAGAUUUGUCAAUAA